AGAAAAACUCAACGUCAGGCAUACUACAUAGGAUUCAUCCAAGGAAGAAGAAAAAGAAGAAUUGUGUUCUUACUCGCAAAAUUCAAAUCGCAAUGGCAAUGGGAGCAGGAUUUCCCGUCUGUAUACAGUGCGGCACGCACGACAAUCCUUGCAGGUGCAAGGUGGUGGGUCCCACUCUGGGAUUCGCUGCAUUCUUGGUGGCUGCUGUGGUGGAAUGGCCCGUGGGUGCUCUCAUUUUCUGCUUCCGCCAUCCCAAGGGAAGAAGGAUUAUGGCCCAUCCUGCUACUGUUGUUUUCCGCUCUGUAUCCAGUGCCAUUCCAUUCUGAUCACCUAGUCUCCUUUGUCUUCUGUCAAUAAAUCCAGACUAGGUUUGAUAUUGCUGUGUAAUGUGACUGCAAAUAAACUUUUAAUGUGAUUAUUUUUGAAAUCUUAUCGGUUUGUAGCUGUUCAAUCUCAACAAUGCGUUUAUUUUGUUGGUUUUUUGCCCUUUUUUUCGUAGUAGGGUUUGUUUUACUGGUUGAAGCCUCCACUUUUAGGUUUUAAGUAGCUGUCGGUCUGCCGGCAGUGAAUGAUAUCUAAUUUGAUGCUGGUGUGACUUGUCAUGAGGUAUAUUUAAACAAAUUUCCCUUUUCUACGAUGAGUGGGCCUGGUAUUUUGACACAGUUAAUCAAUACUUAGGGUUUCUGCUUAUUUCAUCAUGACGCCAUCAAACCGGUGACUCAUAUGUACGGAAUCUUGUGACUCAGAUAUGAGAAGAUAGAGAGGAACUCGUGGCAAUGUGUUAACCCCAACAUAUGGACAGCACUUAGGGUUUCGUUUCUAAAUGCUUGAAAAUAUCUUUAAAGCUGAAACGAAAAUAUCUGUAAAGCUCUUUCCGUAUAUGUUUUUUCCUACCUCUGGCGGUUUGACCGAUGGCUAUUUAAUUAGAUCUUGGACUGUCUAGUAGUGUGCGACGAAAACCAGAAGAAAAUUUUGGUGCGAGGGAAUCUUCAGUCAGGAAAACGAAGGCAUGUUCUGUAUAGAGUGUGGUACGCAUGACAAUCCAUGCCGAUGCAAGGUUGUCGGUCCAACGCUGGGCUUUUUGCUUCUUCUAAUUACGGCGCUCGUAUUAUGGCCUGUUGGUGCGAUCGUCUUUAUCUUCAACAAGGCCAAGGGCCGGAAGAUUAUGUCUAAACCUGUGAAUCAUAUCUAUCCCGCUGUUUCCCACGCUAUUCCGAUCUGAUCCUCUGUUUUAGAGAGGGAUCUAAAGAAAUUCCAUGUAUUGAAAUGCAGAGUUGUUUGCUGUGUGAACUCACCCAUUUUUAGGGCUUUUUUAGGUUUCUGGAUCUCGCCUCGUUUAUUGUUAAUCAUGUGUGUACUUUGUUUCUGCAUCUUAUAAUAAAAAAUUCCGGGUAGAUCUCAUGAUUUAUGAGCUCCUCCCGGAGCAUUUUACUGAAA